AUGCAGGGCGCCAGGCGGCUUGAUGAUGGAACGUUGGACAAUUUGCAGCGCGCGUUCCUGGACGAGUUCAAAAAGACGGACAUGCCCCAUGAGCUGUACGCCUACGCUCUCAUGGACAAGAACCUCGCCGACGAAGUCAGGUUCUUUGGGUUCCACCUGCUGGAGCACUUCAUUCGCCGCCACUGGGACGGACUCACGCAUGCCGGCAAGGAGAACGUGCGCACGGCUGUCCUCACCUAUCUCGCCCAGGGCACGAAGGACCUGUCGGUGGAGAAGAGGUUCAUCAAGGAAAAGGCCGUGGCCAUGAUCAUUCUGAUCGCAGCUCGCGACUGGCCCGACAAAUGGCCCACGUUCCUCGAGCAGCUCGUCACCAUCGCUGGACAGGGCGACACCCAGCUGGAGUUGAUCCUCAUCACGCUGCGGGACCUAGUGGAGGAGAUUCGAGUGUACAACGACCACUUGAGCGACAAGCGCCGCCGGGCGAUGAACGUCGCGCUGACGAACGCGCUCCAGGACAUCAUGGCCUUCUUCAAGAAGUUCAUCGAGAUGCAGUACCAGCUCUUCAUGCAAAUGCGGAACGAAAAGCACGCCCACCUCGUCACGGCGGUGCUCAACACAAUCGCGGCCUACCUCGAAUGGACACCGAUCGACCUGGUUCUGGCCAACGACUUCCCCCUGGUGUUCAGCGCCCUGCUCCAAGACACCCAGUUUCGCACGCUCGCGUGUGAGUGCUUGCUGCUCGUCCUCGGCCAGGCCCCGAACCCGCAUAACAAGCUCAAGAUAUUGUUCGGCUUUGACCACCUGGAGGCCAUCAGCACGGCGCUCGCCGCCCGAACCGAUCCCGAGGAGGACUACAGCUUCCACGUCAAGCUCGCUUCGGUUUGGCCCCUCCCCCUCUCCUUUCUCACUCGCGAGUUUGUGCCGGCCCUCACCCCACCCUCGCCCACCGCCCUAUUCCAGUUCCUGUCGCUGCUGGGGCAGAAGCACCUCCAAUUCGCCGACACCAAGAUUCCUCCCAACUACGACAAAUAUUUGGCGUUGAUGGUGAUGGUGGCGCAGCACGCGUCGCUCCAGAUCAGCAUCGAGGCCCUGACGUUCUGGAACAUGCUUUUGAAGAACGAGGCCAUGGGCAACCACCCGUCGCUGGCGUCGCUCUUCCCGCAGAUGCUGGCCGCGUGCGACAUGAAGGACUUCAAGAUCCCCUACGAGCUGAGCGACGCCGAACGCGCCGGAUACCCGGCCGCGCUGCACGCCACAAUCGAGUACAUUGAUAACGAUUAUGAGGACGCCGAGGCCUACACGACGGUCUUUGGCACCUAUCGGCACAGGGCCUGCGAGGUCUACACCGCCAUCGCCGCCAAACAGCCCGAGCUCGCGUUGCGCACCGCCGGCGAGCGAUUACAGGCGUGCCUCGUCGCAGAGAUCCCUCCAGGGGUGACGAAGGCGAGCUACACGUACGUCCGCCUCGACGGGGCCAUCCUCCACGUGGAAGCCGCGCUCCGUGGCCUCGCCGGCAUCUUCUCGCAGCCCGAGAGCAACGCCGCGGCCAUCGCGUGCGUUGAAAGUCUGCUGGGUCUCCUCUACAACUACAAAGCCACGAACUCGCUCUUGUUGACGUGCCUGGUGGAGGCGUGGAAGGGCUUCUGCUCCUACUACGCGUUCGCUCCCGCCGCCCUGCAGCACGUGCUGCCCAAGCUGCUGGAGCUGGUGACGUUCCGGCCGCCGGAGGAACUGAGCGCGGCGUCGGUCACCGAUCUGUCGGUCAGCACGACGCAGGCGCGCCGGCGGGCCUCGCAGACGUUCAUCUACAUCUGCAACGAGAUCCCCGACGCGCUGCUGCCGCACCUCGAGAGCAUCCUUAACAUGAUCGGCCAGAUCUACGCCCAGGGCCUCCUGCUCGAGGAGGAGAAGGCCAACCUCAUCGAAGCCCUCGUCGCUGUGAGGAAUCUGGCGAAGCAGGAGGCCUUUGUCUUGGCUGUGCUCAAGACGCCGCUCGAGGAAUGGACGUCGUCCAUGCUGACGAACCUCGUCUCAGACGUGCCCGCCCUGCUCGACUUCAUCGGCGUCAUCACCAAGCAGAAGCUGCAGGGGCCGCUCGAGGAGAAUUCGCCGGCGACGGUGUCGCUGCAGCAGUCCAUGGGCGUGCGCAAGAUGUACCACCUCCUCAACACCUUCCUCGCCGUCGCCAAGCGAGCCGCCGUGCCCAAGGACCCCCAGGAGCUCGCCGCCGGCGGCUUCCUGAGCGGGGCGCGGGAGGGGGCGUACCGGCACCCGAUGUCGGUCACGCUGAUGCAGAUCCUGCCCAACCUGCUGGCCCUCCUCCGCAGCAUCCACACCAUCUGGACCCCCGAAGUCCGGGAGCAGCUGCCGCUCGCCAUGCACCACGUUCUGGACUUUGACAACAAGGCCGUGGCCGAGUUGUUGGGCCAGUACACGAAGCUGGAGGAUCAGCCCACCACGAUCGGCUCCCAGAUCAAGAGCGCCACCUCGUGGCUCAGCUCCAUGCGCAUGAACUCGUAUGCUCUGCUCGGCCGGAUGACGACCUACGGCGAGGACUUCUACUCGAAGGGGAUCGAGCGCAUGCUGCUCGAAUACGUGUUCGUCCACCUGGUCCACAUGCAGAACCGACAUCUCGCCCCGCUGCUCAGUUGCCCGUGGUGGGCCAUGCUCCACGCGAUCCUGCCGCAGCUGCUCGACUUCUUCGUCAAGCGGCUCUUCGCCUCGUGGGCCGAGAUGCAGCGGCGAACCCAGGGCCAAGCGCAAUCGAGCUCGGUAGCGGAUGAGCUGGUGGAGGAGAAGCUGCUUCGUGACCUCACUCGGGACUACGCGGCGCUGAUGGAGUCGAUCCUGCUGGCCGCCAGCGAGGGCACCAAGAAGGGCGAGAUGUUCCGGCCGUCGCCCCUCGCCGCCUCGCUGCUUUCCCAGGAGGCUGUGGCGGUGCAAUUGAUGCGCGGUCUCGUGGGUCUCGUCCACUACUGGCCCGACUCCCAAGCCUUCAUGCGCGCACUCCCCCUCGUCCCGCGGCUUCUCUCCGUCCUCGAUCAGAACGGCAUGCUGUAUCAUCCGGUGAUGGAGGAGCUGGUGGGCAAGGAGCUCCUGAGCGCGCUUCUCCGAUCCCUGCACGACAAGCAGACGGCGCAGACGGCUUCGGCCCUCCUGCUGACCGCCGUGCGAGACAUCUUCGUCUUCCUCCUCCGCAAAAAGUCCUCCUGGCCCGAUAGGACGAUUGCGUCGCUGCAGUCGGAGACGGUGGCGGAGUACUACGAGAAGGAGUUCCGGCGCAAGCUGUUCAAGACGCCCAAGAGCAAGCCCGGGCGGGAGAACGACGUCAACAAGCAGAAGCUGGAGCUGAACCCGCGGCGCCUGGACAAGUCGUCCAUGUCCUCGCCACACAAGCCCGUCGUCCCCUCCUGGUUCGACACCACCGACAGCCUCCACCUGCCCAUGUAA